CACAUCGUAGCAGCAGUACUCUUUUAAUAACUUUUAUUAAAACAUUUGACAAAAAAAGAAAAAUCAUUCGAAAUCCUUCAUAAAGUUUUCGUAUUUUGUGUAUUCUUUCGACUCGAAUUUCUAUAAAGAUCUUUAUUCACUCUUCUUACGUACAGCCACUGAAGCACUGCACAUUGCAAAUGGCCAGCAAUUCACCCAACCGAAAGCCGAUCAUGAGCCACAAAUCGAUAAAGUUGGAGAUGCCAUCUUUGGCACGAUCCUAUUAUCAUCCUCAUCAUCAUCAACACCAGCAGCAGUCAGUGGUCAUAAGUGCCAGUGGCAAUAAGGACGUUAGCAAGGAUAAGGAUAAGAAAUUCAAACCAACGCUAGUGAAGCUAAAUACACCAAAAUCCACAAAACGUAUUGACAUUGCAGAACCGAUGGUUUCCAAUACACCGAACGUUGAGCAACGCCGUGGAAUUGUAGUGAAUCAACGCGGAACUCUGGAGUCACAUGCCCAAGAAUCGCGGCAAUCGCCACGGAGGGCGAAAUUUGAUGUCUUUGCCGCAAAGGAUUUGCGUUCGGCUGUUGUUGAGAAUAUUAGCGCCAACAAGCAAGCGAAAGAGCAAAAGUCACCAGACAAACCGGAGGCAGCACAGCGAUCAACACGCACCAAGAACCAAAGUCACAAUACCAAAGUAUUCUUCGAUAAAUAUCUAAAGUUUGCUUACGAUCUGAGCACUCCUAGUGGAGUCCGACAACUGGAGGAACAUUUCUUUCCCAACGAAUCUGGCAAGCCCGCAAUCGACUCCGCAGAGAAACAACAUCGUAGCACUGAGGGGAAAGUUACUUCUUCGGAACAGAAAGAGAUCCAACAAUAAACGCAUUCCGAAUUGAUGAUUUAGGCAACUUUUUAGUCAAAAUUUUAUGGUUUUUAUGCGAUGUCCAAAAUUAUAACAAUGCACAGAACAAGCAAAAUGUGUAAAUAACUAGACACAACUCUAAUUAUUUCUUGAAUGUAGCAUCGAUUUUCAGCUAUCAAUAGGUUUGGCUUGACCAAAAACCAGAUUCUAAUUACCAGGUUGGGAAAACUAUAGUAUUACAGCUUUAGAAUUGUGGCCUAGGCCUAAUGAGCGUUAAUAACAAUGCUCCUAGCAGCUGGCUAAUUCGCUUCAACAAAAAGGAAAAACCAAAAAAAAAUACGAAAACAAAAGCUAAACUUUUUGCACACA